GAGGGGCAGGCAGGCUGCGGCCAGGGAUGCGGUGAUUGGACUGUCCUCUCGUCUGGAGGAGCUGAGGGGUCCCUGCUUGCCGUGGGAUGGAUUUUUCGCUCUGGAUGCACAGGCGAAGCUGCGAGCGUGCCCGGCUGCGUGUCAGGGCUGUAUAUUGCAUGGGCGCCUUUGAGUCACGGCGGCGGCGGCUUAUGGCUGGAUGCUGAGACAAAGUGCUCCUGCAGCUGGAGGGCUUCAGCGCGGCGAUUUCCCCAGAAAACCCCCACAGCUCAUGCCAUGAAGGAGGAGAACUUUCUUCGCCGCAGGUUCUCCCUCUGUCCAGCCUCGUCCACCCCGCAGAAGGUUGAUCCUCGCAAGCUGACACGCAAUCUGUUCUUUGGGGCCGACAAUGACAUCUAUCCGCUCAGCCCAGGAAAAGACGUGGAAGCAAACAGCCCAUCAGCACUGAAGGAUGAGACACCACAGACUCCAAACUCCGUUAGCAAGAUUGAAUAUAAGCUUUGCAAUGGGUCUGACAAAGAGUGUGUGUCUCCAACAGCCAAAUUCACAAAGAAGGAAACACUGAAGGUACAAAAAAAAAAUUACAGACAGGAGAAGAAAAGAGCUACCAAACAACUCUUCAGUGCUCUAAAGGAUCCCAGCGUAGUGAUCACAGCAGACUGGCUGAAGAUUCGUGGGACUCUGAAGAGCUGGACCAAGCUGUGGUGUGUUCUGAAACCAGGAGUGCUGCUGAUUUAUAAGACGCCAAAGAUCGGACAGUGGGUUGGGACAAUCUUGCUCCAUUCUUGUGAGCUGAUCGAGAGACCCUCCAAAAAGGAUGGCUUCUGUUUUAAACUUUUUCAUCCUUUGGAUCAAUCAAUCUGGGCUGUAAAGGGCCCAAAGGGAGAAAAUGUUGGUUCGAUCACUCAGCCUCUUCCCAGCAGCUACCUGAUUUUCAGAGCAGCCUCUGAAUCGGAUGGCCGAUGCUGGCUGGAUGCUUUGGAACUUGCCCUGCGUUGCUCCAGCCUCUUCCGGCUCAGUGCCUCCAAGCAGGGAAAGGAUGGAGAAAUGAACGGCUCGAGCGAUUCUGCACAUGCCGGGCUCAGCCACCUCUUGCACACAAGCACUAUCUCAGACCACGAGUUCUUCCAUUUGAAUGAAUCAGCCCUGGAGAACCACCACCACCUGGAAAAUGAUGCUUUUUCAGACAAGUCAGAGAGAGACAAUGUAGAAGAGUCGGAGAAUGAAACCCAUGAGAACAGUCGGAAGACAAAUGAAAGCGAGAGCGAUCAGUCAGAAGUCCAUGGAGAGGUCUCUCCAGGAAGGAAAGGGACAACUUACAUUGAACAGAUCUAUGAGGAAUUUGGGGAGACAGGUGAAUCGUCUCAAACGGAGACUGUCUCUGAGGAGAACAAAAGCCUGAUGUGGAUCCUGCUGAAGCAGCUGCGGCCCGGCAUGGACCUGUCACGGGUGGUGCUGCCCACCUUCAUCCUGGAGCCACGCUCAUUCCUUAACAAACUCUCUGAUUACUACUACCACGCUGACCUGCUUUCCCAGGCCGUCCUUGAAGAUGAUCCAUACAGUCGAAUGAAGCAAGUUUUGCGGUGGUAUCUGUCCGGCUUCUAUAAGAAGCCAAAGGGAAUAAAAAAGCCAUACAACCCUAUUCUGGGAGAGACAUUUCGCUGCUGUUGGUUUCAUCCUCAGACAAACAGCCACACAUUUUACAUAGCAGAACAGGUCUCCCAUCAUCCGCCAGUGUCGGCUUUUCAUGUCAGCAACAGGAAGGACGGGUUCUGCAUUACUGGCAGCAUUCUAGCUAGGUCUAAGUUUUAUGGUAACUCACUUUCUGCACUGUUGGAUGGGAAAGCAAAGCUGAUGUUUCUAAACAGGGGGGAAGAUUAUAUAAUUACCAUGCCAUACGCCCACUGUAAAGGACUUUUAUAUGGUACCAUGACAAUGGAGCUUGGAGGGAAAGUUACCAUCAACUGUGAGAAAACUAACCACAGGGCAGAACUGGAAUUCAAACUAAAGCCCUUCUUCGGUGGCAGCACAAGCAUUAAUCAAAUCUCUGGGAAGAUUAAAUCGGGAGAAGAAGUGUUAGCAAGUCUCAGUGGACACUGGGAUGGAGAAGUGCAUAUAAACGAGUUGAAAAACGGGAACACAGAAAUGUUCUGGAACCCAACCUGUGAGGUACGAAGGCAGAGACUGAAGCGCCAUAUUGUGCUGUUUGAGGAGCAGACGGACUUUGAGUCGGAGAGGCUUUGGCAGCACGUUACCAGUGCAAUAAACAAAGGUGAUCAACACAAGGCAACGCAGGAAAAAUUUGUGCUGGAAGAGGAGCAGAGGAAUGCUGCCCAGGAGCGGAGAGAGAAUGGCACAGAAUGGAAACCACUGCUUUUCCAGCAUGACGCCACGACUAAUGAAUGGCACUACAAAUACGAGGAUUUAAGGCCCUGGGAUCCUUUGAACGAUAUUGCCCAAUUUGAGAAGAACGGCAUACUUCAGACUAUGGAAAGACACUUAACCACAAGGAUGUCAAACCACAAAACAACAUGUAUAAACAAUCAAAUCAUACGGCACAAGAGGUCUACCAAAGACUGCAGGCGCCGCAAAGCCAGUGAUCAGCCGUCCAACCACAGCCAGAACACAGAGAGCAGCUGUUCAACACCAGAGUCGGUGCAGGAGCUCUCGGAUGAUGAUGGGUUUGAAAGCCUGUGCGCUCAGUGUGGGAAAGAAAUUAAUCACCUGAAGGAAAUUCAUUCAGCUGUCUUAUCCCUACAGAGAGCCCAACAGGACAUACACAGAAACCUCAGUGCUCUGAACAAAAAAUCCUUCCACAGGAAGGUCUCUUCUGAAAGCUUCCUUCUGGACUCUCGCUGUUGGUUUGUCCUCUGCAUCUUUCUUACAUGUCAACUAUUCAUUAAUUAUGUCUUCAAAUAAAAUCACUACGUUUGGCAGCAAUAAUGAUUACUGGCGGCAGGAGGGGGGCCACUCGCGCAAGGAGCCCAGCGAGGCACCAAAGCACUUUAGAACCAACGCAACAGAGGUGGAAGAAAGUUGAAGAAACGAGGUUAAAAAGGGACCUAGGAACCUGCAAAACUCUGUUCCUGCAGAUUAUGUCAUUUUUGCCUUUUACAUGUACAUCUUCAAGGACCUCUUAACCUGUACGGGCCUUAAUGCUGAAGCCAAAUGUAGCUUUAAUUGUGCAAUUUGUUUUCUAUGUCUUGUCAUUUUCUGAUGCAAUUAAUAAUUACCCAGCAGUAUUGGUACCCCCAAAAUGGUAAACACCCUGGCGUUCUGGAAAGGUCACACCAGCCUGGGUCAUAGCUCUACGAGUGAGGGAGUGCAGUUGGAGAGCUGUAAAGAACUGAUGUCCACAGUGCCUGUCCGUCUGCCUUUAAUUAUGGGAGGGAGCACACUUGGUCUAAAAAAUCCACGCCCCUGGAUAUGAAGUCAUGAUUUGUUUUGUCAGCACACACAGAAUGGGACGUCAGGAUGUGUUUUUAUUUUCCAUUCCACGGGAACUGUAAAUAUGCACAAUUUCCUAGAGCCGUUCCUCUUUAGGAAAUAGGAAGUGUUCAGUGAAAGCUCCUCGUCUGGUUACAGAGCUGACUGGUGUCCUGGAUCAGGCCCAUCCAGCGUAAUGUCAGACAUGCCUGUUUGUAAAACCGGGUCACUUACUGUUGUUAUUUGCUGUAUGGCUGUUUUGUAAUACCACACACUAGCAUUGUAGAGAGAAAACCACUGCCCCAGGAUAGGUGAGAAGGAUGUGAGCGAUAUAGGUGUACAUGUGUUCGGUCUUAGGCAUGUUUAUUGUCGAAGGUCAGAAAGGAGGAAGGGUUUUGCCACUGCAUUGUUCAACUCUAUUGAUAGUCUUCCUAUUUUACACCAUUUUUUAAAGAUUUGCAAUAUUUUCUGUAGACUGCAGACAAUACUAAGCCUUUCUUUUCUGGCCUGAAGUAGUUCCAAGUGGUAAGUACUGCUAUAUAUACAGCCUUAAAAUACUUAGUGGUGGUGCCAGUCUGGGCUAUCUUUCAAUGUAAAUGUUUCCAAAUUUUUAAGUACAUUCCUCAUCAUAUUCCCCAGUUAGGGGAAAUCUGUUUGUGCUUGAUAUGUUGAAAUAAAACUACACACAACUUUCA